UUCUAAAUCAACCAAUACAAGUCUUUGGUGAUAACGAAAUAUUGAAAGUUGAAGUGUCAAUAUUUUAUGUCUCACGUGUUAAUUCGUCAUACCGACAGGGAAACCCUUAUCAGUACGAGUAUAUAUAUAGCCAGCUGACGUCCUACAUAAUUAUUAUACACGGAUACAAAACAGAAUCGGAUAAAUAUGUUUGUAUUGACAUUGAUAACAGUGUUGGGAUAUGCUGCAAGCAGCACGAUUCCACCAACCACAGAAGAGAACAUAGUCCCAUGCAUUUGUACCAUGGAAUAUAACCCUGUGUGUGGGAUGGAUGGACAAACAUACCCCAAUGAAUGCUCACUUAAAUGCGCUAAUGUUGAGGAGGACCAUAUAGGCCAUUGCGGCGCCUCCGUCUGUGCAUGCCCACGAAUCUACAAACCGGUAUGCGGCCAGGACGGAAAGACCUACGCUAACGAUUGUAUGCUUCGCUGUGCGGGCCAGGCGUUCUUCCAAGAGGGUCCCUGUCUCGGGACCCAGCCGACAAUUUCACCUGCUAGGAGGAUUGCCAUACCGUGUAUCUGUACGUUCAUCUACCGGCCGGUGUGUGGAAACAAUGGAAAGACUUUCGGCAACGAAUGCUCACUCGACUGUGAUGCGAAGGAAGACAUAACCCUGCUAAAGCUGCAUGACGGUCCGUGUUCUGGGUCCGAGCACUUGUUGAUUCCCCUGACAACAAGCACGUCCGCGCCGUAAGAUGUGACAGUGUUGAAGGCAGUACCAAAGAUUAUCAACGCGAUAUAAAGAAAUGGAGUAGAGAUUUGCUUUAAUUAACUGUACGCAUUUAUGAUGGAUUGACAUUUUGCAAUGAACUAAAAUGUUGGUGUCUGAAAUAAAUUUUAUUAAUCGAA